AUGCUCCUUCAGGCGUGCGCCUUGGGCCGGGCGUGCGCGCCGGCGGUGAACGGUCAGCACGCAUCGCUCGCCCUCCUGAGCAUCAGGCGUCCGGGCGGGGCGGCAGCCAGGCCCGAGAGAUUUGGGCGCCAGAUUGCGCCCAUCAGCGGACGAACGCCCAUGAGCUGCGCCGCGUCGAGCACAGCCGAGGCCGUUACAAUUGUUGGGGGCGGAAGGAUUGGAUCGGCGCUGGUGGACAUGUGCAAGGGUCCUGUGAAACUGGUCAAGAGAGGAGAGCCCAUUGGAGAUGAUGAGACAACUGGACCAAUCAUUGUUUGCACACGCAAUGACGCAUUGGGGGAUGUGCUGGAGGCCACGCCUAAGCAACGAUGGGAAGGUGCGUUUGGAAUUUCUGUUUUGAACUUGCAGCAUGCCCAGUUCGUCCAGGCCAGGGGAAUUCACAUGACAUCGACUUGCAGGUGUGGCAGCUAUGCGGCCUGUGCGAAAUCCUGA